AUGGCCCAUGUGCGGGAUGCAUCGUUCAACCCGUCUUCCCCCCACUCGUCGAGUGGUGGUGUCGACUCUUACAACUAUGAGGGAACCCCGGAUACCAAACUCACCGUAUUCUCUCCCGAUGAGAACUCGGCCAAAUCCAACAGGCUCCUGACCACUCUCGGGCUCGACGGCCCUUCCACCCACACUGCCCACUACCAUGUCGGGUCCGCCGAUGGUUUUGGUAAUACAAGUUCAGCCACCUCUGAGAAGGACCCCUUCAUUUCAAACUCGACUAUCAAGGGCGAACAGAAAUUGUCACCAACCGCCUCGGCAUUCCGUCCUCUCUCAGUUCCCCUCGUAGCCCAUGGAUCUCUGAAUGCGUCGCCCGGAGUGAAUGCCGGUCACGGUGUCAACCGCCAGCUUUUUGCGCCCCAUGCCACAGCCAAAUUUAGCUGCGAUCUGGGAAUAUCUCGCUGCCUUGUUCUCUACUCGCCGUCCUUCCCCAUCACGGUUACCGAUGCUGAAGGAUAUCUUGCGGGUAAACGCAACCUGAUCGCGGCCGAAGGUCGGGUCUACCUACACCUUCCCAACGUGCGGGAUGCUCGCAACACCCACGACAACGUGCAGCUAGGUUCUCCUCACUGGUGUGCCGAAUAUAUCUCCGCGAUCGAAUUCCAUAGGGCCUGUGGUUCAAUGACCCAAGUCGACCCGAUCUGCGACGGCAAGAUUCAAAUCACGGCAUUUGACGAAGGUGUCAACUUCGGCGCCGUUCACGUCGAGACUGUCGUUCACACUUUCUUGGAAACCCAAGGUGAGGUAUUCGCGCUUCUGCGGCAGAGCGAGACAAACGACCACACUUUUCGAGCCUCAGUUGAGUUUUCAGACGCCGAUAUUGCCAUCUCCGUUGUUCACAAGUUCAACAGGGCCACGUUGGGUCUGAACGGGUCGACAACGAUGUCUCGGCCGGUCGAGGGCUACAACCCUCCGCUGAACGAUCAGCAAACCACCGACCACACUAUCGCGAGCGCCUUCCAAGGGAUGGGUGCGUCAGAGAACGCUCAGCAGCCUAGUGGACCUUUUGCAUCUAGCCGGUUUAAUCAAUCACCCGCCCGGCUUCGUCCCCCUCAGCAAUACGCCAUGUAUCCGGUUGUCUAUCAUGGUCUCCAAGCUGCCGCACCGAGUCGACUCAUGCUUGAUCAGACUCCGACACGCGGCCAGGGUGUUAACCAUAUAGCACCGAUGACCCCCAUUUCAGGAAACAUGCCAAUCAUGGCGCCGCUGUUCAAUACCACACCUCCGGAUACCCCGAUGGCAAUGCACGGGGAUUUCACCAGCCCGAGAAGCAUGCAGCCAUAUGGGCGUCAUGGCCUUGACACACGCCGCCAUACCGCCAUGCGGGUCAACCGGACCCCGUACUUCAAUAACGCCGGUCAUCACAACCAUGUUGAUGUCAACCGCAUCCGAGACGGCAUUGACGUUCGAACCACUAUCAUGUUGCGGAAUAUUCCCAACAAAGUCGACCAGGCUAUGCUUAAGCGCAUUGUCGAUGAGUCGAGCUGGGGCAAGUAUGAUUUCAUGUACUUGCGUAUCGAUUUUGCCAACGAUUGCAACCAUGUUGACGUCCUGCUUCCAGUGUUGGUUACGCAUUCAUCAACUUCGUGGAUUUCGUCAAUGCCCGAGGCAACCAGCGCUGGAACUGUUUCAAGAGCGACAAGGUCGCCGAGAUCUCCUACGCGAGUAAGUUCAAAAUAUUUACUCGAGAAGCCUGAACUGCAUGCUGACGCUCCGAAGCUAUCCAAGGGAAGGAUUGUUUGGUUCAAAAGUUCCGUAACAGCUCCGUCAUGCUGGAGGCGCCUCAUUACCGACCCAAGACCGGAUCUGGCUGGCCAAGAGGAGCCGUUCCCGGAGCCUGACAAUCAGUCCAAAAUGAAGCGCAGCUGCGAGAACGCUGAGCAUGUCGGGCUCUUCACUCCCAACGCUGGCCAGCACUUCCGCGAUGAGCAGCGCCGCCGUCGUUCUCAGUACGAUCGCGGCACCAGGCUUGCAGCCCUGGAGGAGUACGAUUACGACGCUCACGCCCAGCAGCACGGAUACUUCGGACAGCAGCAGUAGACCUCGCGGGAACGCUCCACAGGGGACGCCGACAUCGAAGAUCACAGGAAUUUUGGUGGGAUACCGAGACACGUUAAUAUUCGACCCGGGGGAAUGCGCUGGCUUAGCUUGCUUUGCCAUAUUUCAGAAGUCGACAAAGGU